AUGUCUGAUCAGACAGAAAGGGCUUUCUUGAAGCAGCCUACCAUCAACCUUAACAACAAGGCUCGCAUCCUUGCCGGAAGCAAGAAGACUCCACGCUAUAUUCGUGAUGUCGGACUUGGAUUCAAGGCUCCACGCGAAGCUGUUGAGGGAACCUACAUUGAUAAGAAGUGCCCAUGGGCUGGAAAUGUCCCAAUCAGAGGAUUGAUCAUUACUGGAGUCGUUCUCAAGAACAAGAUGACCAGAACCAUCAUCGUCAGACGUGACUACCUUCACUACAUCAAGAAGUACCGUCGUUACGAAAAGAGACAUAAGAACGUGCCAGCUCACUGCUCUCCAGCCUUCAGAGAUAUCCGUCCAGGAGACCUCGUGACCAUCGGAGAAUGCAGACCCCUCUCUAAGACUGUUCGAUUCAACGUCUUGAAGGUUAACAAGUCCGCCACUUCUAAGAAGGGAUUCAGCAAGUUCUAA